CAGGGUUUUAGGAGGAAUUCAGAGGUGACCAACACUGAAAGCAUAGACUCAUUAUUUUGGUCAGAGGGGUGCUGGGACACAAAACUCAAGGAUGGAGGGAUAUUAAUGAAGAUCCUUAAAGUCCGACAAAGCAAGCAACAUUGUCAUUUUCUAAGAGUCGUGUCCCACGAAAAAAGAUUAAGCUUUCUGAAUCUGCUGAGAUGAACUGGAAAUUUCCAAUUAACUUCGGGCGUACUCAAGAGCAACAAGGACAGUCAAAUUUGCAGGAAAUCCCAACCCAUUCUUGGUAUCCUCCAUCUGUGGUUGGUACAUCUCGCCCUUCCACACCUGGUAGUUCAUCUAUUACUGGUGGGCAGCAAAGGCCUUUAGAUCAACCACUGUCACCAGCACGUGGACAGCCCUCCCCUGCUGAGGCAGCUGGGGUAAUUGCUCGGUUGAAGGAUAAAAGUAUUGAUGAGCUGAGAAAGCUUUUGAAUGACAAGGAGGCAUACAAUUCCUUUUUCAAUUCUCUGGAGCAAGUCAAAAUCCAAAAUAAUUUACGGGAUGAACUUCAGAAGGAAACUUUACAGAUUGCAAGGGAGAACUUGGAGAAAGAACCUCGAAUUUUGGAACUUAAAAAUCAAUGUACUAUCAUUCGCACCACAGAGCUGGCUGCUGCACAGGAGAAGCUAGCAGAUCUACAGAGGAAAAAGGAAGAAAUGCAGAGAGCUUAUUCCCCUUCAUCAUUAUUAAAGACGCUAAAUGACGGAAUGAAUGACAUGGAAGAGGAGUCAGAGUUAUUGCACCAGCAGCUACUUCGGAAGGACAUCGACCUUCCAACUUUUGUACAGAAAUAUAAGAAACUUCGAACAACAUUUCACAGGCGGGCCUUAAUCCAUCUUGCUGCAAAGACUUCUGGUUUCUGAAUAGCUGAACUAUCAUGCAAUUCCUUUCAGUCCAUGUAGGUACUUACCAAGCAUUUGCUUUGAUUCUUUUACUGUCAACUCUAUACUUAUUAUGGCUGCUAGGUUUAUUUGCUACACUGUGAUUUACUAUAUUGGUUGUUAUGCUGCAGGCUGUUAGAAGCCCAUAUAUCUCUAGCUGAUAGUAAAUAGUCCUUGUGAAUUGCUUUGAGCUCUUUGCAAAUACGUAUGCUUUGUACAUUUCAGUUUAUCGAUUCUCUGAAGUCAUUCAAUAAAAGAUAAACCUGUGAGCGCUGCUACUGUUGCUUCUGUAUAUAAGUUGUGACGAAUUGAUGGUUUUAAAAUGUUUGGGAUUUGUUUUAUCCUUUUAAUGUUA